AUGGCCGACGACAUCGAAACCAGCUUCCAAGCCGCCAUUGAUGCGGGGAACAUCCACGGCGCAGUAAUCUGCGCCACUGAUGUGGACGGCCAUUUCACCUAUAACAAAACCCUUGGCGAACGCACCCUCCUAUCUGGCGAGAAAAAACCACAACAGCUAGACGAUGUCCUGUUCCUAGCAUCAGCAACCAAACUCGUAGCCACCAUCGCAGCACUACAAUGCGUGGAGGACGGUCUGUUGACUCUGGACGGCGACCUCUCAACCGUCGCACCAGAACUAGCCAGUAAAAAGGUCAUCACCGGGUUCACUGAAGAUGGCGAAACACCCAUUCUCGAGCCUGCGAAACGCCCUAUCACCCUGGAAAUGCUUCUCACGCAUAGCUCCGGCCUGAUCUACCACUUCAUGAACCCCCACGUCGCCAAGUGGCGCGAGAAGUUCUCCGCCCCCGACGACGCAGGCCCUCGAUCUGUAGAGGAUCUUUUCUGUUAUCCCCUCGGUUUCCAGCCAGGCGAAGGCUGGAUGUACGGGCCCGGACUGGACUGGGCUGGGCGUAUAGUCGAGCGUGUAACGGGACUCACACUCGGGGAACGUAUCCAGCAACGCAUCUUCGAUCCACUCGGUAUCAAAGACGGGCAAUUCUAUCCAGUGACCCGUGAGGACCUGCGCGCUCGCAUGGUCGAUCUAAACCCGGAUGACCCCGAGGGUGUCGGGCGGGCCGUCCUCGGAGGAGGCGGUGAUAUGAAUCUGCGAGGGCGCGGUGACUUUGGCGGUCAUGGCCUUUACUUACCUGGGAAUGACUACACGAAGAUUCUGCGCUCGAUCCUGGCGAAUGAUGGGAAACUGCUCAGGCCUGCUACUGUCGAUGAUAUGUUCGAGCAUCACCUGAGCCCCAGUGCGACGGAGAGUCACCAGGCUGCACUUGCUGGUCCUAUGGGGAAGUUCUUCCGUGUCGGUGUAGAGCCUGGUAUGAAGGCUGGUUAUGGUUUGGGUGGGCUUCUUAUGCGUCAGGAUGUGGAUGGUUGGUACGGUGAUCGGACGCUGACUUGGGGUGGUGGUCUUACCUUUGCGUGGUUUAUCGAUCGGAAGAAUGGUCUUUGUGGCAUUGGUGCUGUCCAGGCUGCAUUGCCCGUGGAUGGUGAGUUGAUUGCUGAGUUGAAGCAGGUCUUGCGGCGCGAUAUUUAUCGCAAACGUGCUGCGUGGAGGGGACAGGAUUAG